AUGAUCAACGACUUGACAAGGGAUCCGGAAGAGUGGUGCGAUGGAGCGUCAAUACCAAGAACGCUCCAACCCAUUCCGAAUAUCAGAUCAACCGAGAUACUCCCAGCGCAGCGAAAAUCGAGCCCUAGUCUCCCGAAAAGCCGUGCGCGUCUACCUUAUGAUCAGGCUGGCCCCUCUAGCUCAGAUUUUAUCGACGCAAGGUCAACCCGCGAUAACGACUUGUACCCCAAGCACUCUGGCGGUGGUCAUGGUCAUGAAUCAACUACCGCAGAUAAAUCGGUGGCUGCAAGAAGCCCAUCCAUCACUGGUACUAAUGCUCGUGAAGAGUCUCAAUCCUCCGCUCAACCAUCGGAUCGCCGGGAUAUUGCACCUUCGCAAACCGACUUGCCCGGGUUGGCUGUCCUCGGGCAGAAGAAAUGGAAUAAAAAUGAUUACAUUCAUCUCCUGUCAGGUGGUUACAUUCUUGAGGAACUCCUUGCGAAAUCCAGUGACAGUUUUUACAACAGAAUCAAUUCAGAAGAAUGCCGGACCAAAAUGACGGCUAAUCUCGAUUACCACCUGUCCUUGCCUUGCGCGCGGCUCGAGGUUUCGCGUGUGACAAAGAAGAGAAAGAAGCAACAAGAAAAAUUGCUUGAAUGGCUGGAAAUCGAGAUCUUCACACCUGGUACAGGACAUCCUGUGCUGGGAGUUGCCCCUCGACCAUCUUUAUCUUGGAAUUCAAAUGAUCCCCAGCUUAUUUAUGGGGAGAUCCAGUUGGAAUUACUAAAAUACUUCUCCGAGAAACGCACGGAUCCUAUCGAUUCCACCUCUCUUCUGCUAGAAAAGUACCUAGCUGAACACACAAGAGAAUAUCUAGCAUUAUACCAAUCUUCAAGUGCAACUCUUGAAUACCCAACCCAAUUGUCGAAGAACAAAUCUUUCAGAAAAAUUCUAGCGUAUAUAUCAAAUGUGGCCAAAGACGUGAUACUAAAUGACAUCCCCGGAGAUGGAAACGAAAAAACUGGAAUACGAAACAACCCCCUGUUGUCACCUUAUCUCGAACAGUUUGAAGAAGCUUUCCACGAGUCAGAAACCGAGACUAAACAAAAUGUCAGGAGUUACUAUCCAGGCGUCCCCAUAUGUAUUUGUUUUGAGAAAAACCAGCCUGAUAUCAAACCCUUGCGAAUGGUGAACGUUGGGAAAGGGUCGCUUCUUGAUAUAAGAAUUGCAGGUCCCAGGUUUAGGAGACUAGUGGUAUCAUUAGAUCGUUUGCACAUCAGAUAUUUGAAGAUGCUGAAAGUGGAAGGGCGGACACUCCCAAGGAGAGGGUCUUUGAUACAAUUUCUGUAUGACUCAAUCAUUGAACCUAAAGACAGCCUUCCUCUUGUGGGUAGUCUUGAAGUUCGGGACGGUCUCGCCCCCUGGUUCAAAGAUUUGACCGAUGAAAAUAUGGUAGAUAUCCCAGUAUUUAUUUUGGCCGCUUGGUAUCAUGAUAAGCCUCCGUAUAAGAAAGUCUCUACCCCUGCUUAA